ACUGCAUCACUUAGAUGUCGAAUGGGUUGGAUGACAGCUUCACCUCUGCAAAGCUCUAGUCUUUGCCAUUGUGGGCUUAUUUUCUGGGUUUCAAGACUCUUUUUGUCAUUCCUACUUUAAUGUAUAAACCAAGUUGAUAUGGGAUCUUUUUGUUUUCGAAACUAUACGCUUUUUGGUCCUUUUAUUUUGUAAUCAAUAAUUUUCGCAGUAACUUAGUGAUCAAGCAAAGGUAAUUAAGAAACUCCUUUAGACAUAGUUAUUUUCAACAAAAAAAUGGAUGAAAAAGAAAGAGAAAGGCAUCAAAAAACUGUCGAACCAGCAAAAGUUGCUUGUUUGAGCUCUUCUACAAAUUCUGACAGCUACUUACCGAAAUACAGCGAAAUCCCGUAUUCUCAUGUUGACAAUAUGGAGAAAGGUUGUUUAUGUUUACAUUCCGAUCCAGAUCCAGUUCCACCAUACUCAAGAAGAAGACAUCAAAAAGCUUCUAUUGGCAUGGCGCAAGGAAAUGGUCCCUCGAAUUCUUUACGGGUCUGUAAGAAAAUACUGUGGUUGAUUUUCUUGCCGGCAAACAUUGCGAGAAUCCCAGAAGCACAACGCAGACAAGAGAAUGAAGCUCUUCGGCUUGGUUGGUGCCUUAUUGGUUCAAUUAUAUUGAACUUUUUCUUUUCUUACAAAUACCUUGUCCCCUUUAUAAAGGAAUCAAUGAAAGAAUAUGUAUUGUUAUGGUUUCAAAUUACUGUAGCAGCUGUUCUUGUCAUCGUGGCUUUCUACAUGUUCUUAUUUGUUUGUUCAUUGUCGGUGGAUUUUAUCGUUAUACUGAUUCCUCUAGUUCUUUCUGGAAUUACUAGCCUUUUUUCUGGGAUUAUUAGUGCUGUUACAAGUGCUCUAGGUUUCAGAAUGCCGUCGGAAAGAAACGAAUUGACGGAUGAUAGUCGUAUCCCACUAAACAGCAUGCCGUCCGAGCCUGAAUAUCAACUUAAUGGUUGUAGUGAUAAUACUUUGGAGCAACCGUCCUCUGAACAUGCUGAACAUUCUCCAGGGUUACGACGGGAACCGGGUCAGUCUAGGAAUGUGGAAAACAGUGGGAGUUGAUUGAUACGUAAAGUAAAGUUAUUUAUUAUAAUGCCCGGUCUUUUCGAUUGUUCUCCUUCAUGCUUAUGUUUGUGUUUAUGUUUCGAUUAUUUCGUCCCUGCAUAUUUAUUUUAAAAAUGCAUUUUGCAUGACGAAUUUCUGAAUGGCGUCCGUUUUCUUGACUUACUUGAUCUCUUCAACUUUGGAUAAGUAAGGAUGCUUAUUACUGGAUGAUAUAGUCAUUGUAUCUAUAUAGUUAGGUCCAAUUCUUGUUUUUAUUUAUUCGUUAGGUGCUUUAAUUUCUGAUUCUUGCUAUUCGUUUCAUAAGUCUAGGAGGACCUUUAGUUCUAAUCAUUGCAGUCUCCAACAUCAACUAGUAUUAUCAGCUUAAUUAAAGGACCAUGCCGAUCAAAAUGCCAGCCGUGUGCUUCAACAAAAAGAGCCACAAAAAGAAAUAAGCACAAAGAGGGAAAAGAAUUAAAUACGAAGCGGUAAAAAGCCUACAGCAUCCCGGAUUCCCAUGUUGUCUCCAACCAUAGUACUAACGAGACCCUCAGACGCUUAACUGCAGUGAUCGGACGGGAACUGGUGUUUUCGCCUAGGUGUGGCCGUAGACGCUGAUGAAGUUUCCAAAUGGUUACUAUAGCAUUUAAAGG